UUCCAACUCAUCAAGAGAUCCAAAGAAGUAGUUAUUCAUCUGAAAGCAACACGUGAUUUUUUUGUUUUGAGCUUAUCAAGCGAAAGACUUCUUUUAUUCGUUUAAGUAAUCACUACUAAGUAAGGAAAAGAGUAUGGCUAGCGUUUCACCCUCUGAAACCGGUGGCACCCUUGUCACUUUUCUACAGCAGCUCCGAGGCACAUUAGUUGAAAUUGAGCUCAAAAACUCCUCUAUUGUGUCGGGCGAGAUUAGCUUCGUUGACCCAAAAAUGAAUACCUAUCUGAGGCAUGCUAAGAUCACGGAAAAGGGAAAGAACCCGGUGGAGUCCGAAGAGUACAUGGUGCGUGGUAGUACCAUUCGCUAUGUUAUUAUGCCCGAAUCACUGAACACUUAUGAUGUGCUCAAGAAUGCAGCUGUGGCAGGGAAAAAGAAAGGAUCUGCUGCGGUAAAGAAUUAAAUACAAGUGGCGCAAGAUGGCAAGAAGUUGUGUGGGUAAAGGGGGAAAGGAAUAAUUCGCGUGCAGCAGGGAGAUCGUUGAUGCUGUGAUCUCAAUGAAUGUGUGUUUUUGCCCGGAAAUAGAGUUUAACGAAAGGUCUCCCAAACUUAAGAGAAGGAAGACAUCAACCCUUUUGCACCUCCCUGAUGUGUGAUUUUAUGGAAGAAAAUGCUCUUUCUUUGCAUAAUAUAGGGGAUCAAAAAGGUGCCCAUAUACUCAUCCACAAGAAUAAGUUUGAUAGUGAAGAGUAAGCUGGUCACUUUUAAGAGUGUAAGUCUCUAAAA